AUGGGCGCCGAGACCGAGCACUGGGCCGAGUUGCUGCCGGCCAAGGCCGUCUACACGGUGAGCAACAUUGGCGGCAGCGCGCUCAUCAACUUCCUCACGGUCUUCUUCGCGGCAUCCUUUGACAAGUUCCAGAUCGGCAUGCUCCAGACGAUCCCGGCCGUCUGCUCGAUCCUCGCGCCGCCGCUCUGGGGCGCCAUCUCGGACGUCCUCCGCAAGCAACGCCUCAUCCACAUUACGUGCUUGGUCUCUGGUACGCUGCUCAUGUACGCGAUCCUAUUUGCCUCGUCGAGCUUUCUCUGGACGUGCGUCUUGGUCUUCCUCGGCAACUUUCAAGGCAACCCCGCCGCAUCGCUCACGGACCAAGUGGUGCUUGCGCUCACGGAGCGUCUCGGCGCCGAGUACGGCAAGCAGCGACUCUACGGCGCUGUCGGCUACGGCCUCGGUGCCUACGGCGCAGGCGUCAUCGUUGCGCACUAUGGCAUUGCCUGGGCGUUCCACCUCAACUUGAUCUUCUUGGUGCCAACGCUGCUCGUGCUGCAGAUGAUCCCGCCGUCCGACGCCACCGACACCAUUGCGUCUCCGUCGUCGCCGCCGCCCGCCUCGUUCUCGGCCGGCCUCCAAACACUCUUUCGAAAGAAGGACGUGCUCGGCCUGUUUGUUGUCUUCCUCCUCGGGCUCAUGUGCGGCACCAUGUCGGCCUUCCUCACGCUCAACUUGUAUGAACUCAGCGGUGGGUCGGCGCAGAUCGUCGGUAUUGCGAUCUUUUGCGAGACCUUCUCGGAGCUCCCGGCCUUCUACUUUGCCGAUACGAUCAUCGCCAAGCUCGGGACGGUCAAGGUGCUCGCGAUCUCGAUUCUGGCCUAUGGCGCGCGGCUCACGUGUUAUGCGCUCAUGACGAACGCGUGGAUUGCACUGCCGUUUGAGUUCCUCCACGGCUGCACGUAUGGCCUCGCGUGGGCCGCAAGCACCAAGUACAUUUAUGCGGAAGCCCCGCGCGGCACGGAAGGCUUGAUGAUGGGCAUCCUCAGCGCCGUCCAGAACGGGUUGGCGCGCGGCGUCGGCACCAUGCUUGGCGGGUAUCUCUACAACACGUACGGUGCGAGCUUUAUGUGGACGAUUGCGGACCUCGGUGUGCCGCUCGCGCUGCUUGGCCUGUACGUCUUCUCGUGUACGAUUCCGUCGCACGUCGACGCCAUGAAGGAGGUCGCGCCGACCGAGGCGACGCACCUCUUGGCUUAA